AUGGCUUCCCUCCCAUUAUGCAGGAUUUGUAUUAAGACUGUCAGGAACCAUAACAAUAUCCAGGACACUAUAGAUUAUCAGAGUAAAUUCAGUUGUAAAGGAACAACUGUCGCUUGCCAGUUUCGUAACGUUAGUUACUCAGCCUGUACUCAGGGAAAUCAGACAACUUGCUAUGACCCCAAAGAAAAUCCUGAUCAUUGGUGGCUCCAGGUAAGGGAAGGCACGCAGAGUGGACGGGUGCUCUCCCAAAUUAGGUUAGCCACCCCUAAUACUAAAGCGUGGAUCAAAAUUGAGCCUUGUGAGAUUUCAAAAUGGCCUGACCAAUGUGGAGGUUAUGAUUGGGAAAAGACCUAUACAUGGAAUGACAAAUACAUCUGCCCGGAAAAAGGAAUAAGUACUGAAUGCACGAAUCAAUGUCCUUACUGGAACUGUGUGGGCUGGGCCACCUGGCAAACUACCGGGAUAAAUGCUCAUCUUUCUAAGGUCACAGUACGAAGUGACUGCGGGCCUCGGAAGUGUAAUUAUGUAAAUUUUACUAUUAAUAAUCCACAGGCCUUUCUGAGUAAGUUUGGGCAACACUUUGGGCUACGCAUUCAUGGCCGGGGAAAGGACCCAUUAGGAUUAUUUUAUCUGAAACUCGUCCAAUUGACACAGGCAGGUCAUACCUUGCAGCAGACCUUCUUCUCCGAAUUCUGGGAGGAAAUAAAAACCCCUUUUCAGGUGCCUGAAGUGGCCAGAAAUUUGUUUAUUACUUUUGCAGAAACUGUUGCCACCACUUUAAAUAUCAGCAACUGUUAUGUUUGUGGGGGGACUCAGAUUGGAGAUCACUGGCCCUGGGAAGCUGCUGAGUUGGAUGUUAGUCAGCCCUAUAACACUACCAAUGUCUCAAACCCCCACAGUCAAUGGAUAUUGAAGGCUACCCUUGUUGGUCGUUGGUGCGUACAAAGAAUCUCCCCCAGAGCCCCGCAGAUAGGUCAGAUGCCUUGUGAGACCAUGACCAUUUUGAAUCAGUCCACUGUUAGUUAUUGGCCCAAUGUCUCUAUGAUUCCGGUUAACCUGUUAUGGACAUUGGAGUUAAAGUUAAGAUUAAAUUUAUCAGUUGUUAACAAUAAUUCCUGGAAAGCAUUGCCAGGGUUUUACUGGGUUUGUGGGAAAUAUGCUUAUUCCAAACUACCCGAACCCUGGGAGGGAACUUGUACCCUAGGAGAGGUCAGACCAUCCUUCUUUCUCAUCCCUCUCAGUGCAGGGGUUCGGUUGGGACAUCCAGUGUAUGAUAGAAAAAAAAGAAUGACGAUUAAGAUUGGUGACUGGAAGGAUGAUGAGUGGCCCCCUGAGAGAAUAGUCCAGUACUAUGGACCUGCGACCUGGGCCCAGGAUGGGUCUUAUGGGUACAGGACCCCAAUUUACAUGUUGAAUAGAAUAAUUCGGUUACAGGCGGUGCUUGAACUUAUAACGAAUGAAACUGCAAGAGCCUUGACUGUCCUGUCUAAAACACAGACCCAGCUUAGGAAUGCUGUAUAUCAAAACAGGCUCGCCCUCGAUUACCUGUUGGCAGCGGAAGGAGGAGUCUGUGGGAAGUUUAAUUUGACUAAUUGCUGUCUACACAUUGAUGAUAAUGGAAAAGUAAUAGAAGACAUAACUGAUAAAAUAAUUAAGCUUGCACAUGUGCCUGUGCAAACAUGGAAAGGAUUUGAGUGGGCGAAAGGAUUGGGCCCAUGGUUCCAAUGGGUAGGAGGGAUACGAGGUAUCAUUGGAAUAAUAAUUGUGGGAAUUUUGAUGUGUGUUUUGUUACCUUGUAUUUUACCUCUGAUUAUGCAAGGGCUAAGAAACAUGAUGGAAAACAUAGCAGACAGGAGAACAGCAGUACAGCUUAUGGCGUUGUAUGAAUACAGAUCCAAAGCUACAUGUGAGAAUGAUACUCCCUGA